UCGCACCUGCAUGGGUGGGUGGGAAGAAGAAGGGGGGGCGGGGGGUAAAUGGAAAGGGGAGGGAAGGGAGGGGGAAGCAGAGGAGGAGGAGGAGGAGGAGGAGGAGGAGGAGAGGAGGAGGAGGAGGAGGAGGAGGAGGAGGAGGAGGAGGAGAGGAGGAGGAGGAGGAGGAGGAGGAGGAGGAGGAGGAGGAGGAGGAGGAGGAGGAGGAGGAGGAGGAGGAGGAGGAGGAGGUGGUGGUGGUGCAUCCACCAUUGCAUUGAGGGACGUGGCAUUCAACAACUGGCCCGAGGAGUAGAAGGAGAUGUUGAAGGCGGGG